AUGUUUUUCUCUUUAUUUUUUGCUCAUGGUUCAAUGUUUUUCGGAAAAGUUAUAAGUAAUGACUGUUUCAGAGGCUGCAAAGAUGCUAAUGAACUGUAUCCUCCAGAGUUUUUUAAUUUUGAUUUCGAAUUUCAUUUCGAUAACUUCACACUUAACGAAUCAAAUCAAUUUCUUGGUAGCGGCCACUUUUCUACAGUAUACAAAGCUACAUUUCCUAAUGGAACAGAAGUAGCAAUUAAAAAUUUACUUCAAUUUAAUAAAAGAAUGUUAGGCAAGGAAUUUAACACAUUACGUGCAUUGAACGAUGUUCCAAAUGUUCUCAAAAUAUACGGAAUCAUUGGAAAUGAAACAAAUCCAGCAAUUGUUUAUUCAUAUCAUUCUUCUACACCAUCAGGCUACAAUGGCAAUAUUACACUUGAUGAUUUCAGAUGGUGGCUUAAGACCACAUUAGAAACACUUGCUAAUAUUCACGAACAUGGUGUUAUUCAUCGUGAUUUAAGAUUAGCGAAUAUUUUGGCAGAUUUCGAACAUAGAAAGUUAGCAAUUGUCGAUUUCGGAUUAUCCGACUUUUACAGAAAAGGAAGACCCUUAAAUCCUCGAGUUGGCUGUGUUCAUAUCAAAGCUCCCGAAUUAGUUGCGAAUAUUUCAACUUACGGAUGCGCAAUUGAUAUUUGGUCACUUGGACUUUCAUGUUUAGACAUAAUGAUCAGAUUGAAAGGCCAUUGGGAUCAAAAAGGAGAGAAAAAUACAAUUGAAGCAUUCAUUAAAGCAUACGGAAGCCAUGCAUGGAACAAAUUUGCUGGAAAAUACAAUCCAUCAAUAGGAACAACUAGGAAAGUUGAAGGAAGCUUCUACGAACUCGGAAUGCCAGGAAAUAAUCACUUAUUAACUCCAGAAACAAUGGACCUUGUUUCUAAGAUGCUUGAAUUAGAUCCAGAGAAUAGAGUAACGGCUAGAGAAGCUCUGAAACAUAAAUUCUUCCAAACAUAA